AUGGUGCCGGCUGGGAACCCUCACAGGCGAUACUGCGAUGGCUAUGGAGGGGGUUAUUACGACGUUCACACGGGGGGAGGAGCCGUGGAUGGCAGGUUCUCAGUGAGAUCGUUGAGGGUUGUCAUGGCCGGGGAGGACCAUUCGAAGAGCAACAGUGGAAGCGCUGGAGACGAGGAGCCAACCGGAGGGGAAGGAGAAGAGAGAGGAGAGGUGGGAACCUGCUCGAAGGGCAAAGAGCAAGACGAAGAAUGGCUACGGUUGAGCAUCGGGUGGAGUAGCAGCGGUGGCGGGGGCGAUGGGUUCUCCUCUCCGGGGAGGCCCAAGUUGGAAGCAGUCCAGGUCGACCACAACAAUCAAAGCAGGAUGGGGGAGAAGUUGGAGCUUGAUUUGUUCCGGGGGAGGACGCAAGAAAACCGCCACCUCUAUCAGCCAUCCCUAUCGAUGGCGGCGCCUCCUAGGACGCCGCUUUUCCCGCCACACCCCGUUUCUGGGCUGGCGACCUAUCCCGCCUAUCCGCCGGACUUGACCUGGGGGCCCUUCUGGAACGCGCAGACGGCGACAUCGACGGCGCCGCCGCCGCCGCAGUCGCACCCCUACAACGCGCGCCAAUUUGCGCCGGGCGUCUCAGGCUCUACGGUUCGAGGACAGACCAGCGCUUCGCCGUCGGGCAUGCGGGUAGUGAGCCCGCCUUCGCGGACCCACGCCGGCGUGUGGUUCCUCCUGCAGGCGUCGCAAACCCAGUGAGUAAUGCGUGUGUAGGUAGGAGGGGGGAUCAUUACCUAAGCUAAAAAGGAAAGCAGUGGUCUAUCUAUCCACUUAUAUGCCAUCAGUUCUUGACCAUUAUGUGCUUAUGGUGUGGAGAGUGAAAGUAAGACUCAUGAAAGACUACCAUGAUCGAAAUCUGUAUGCAUCCAACGAGACUUCUAGAGGGAUUCAGCUCCUUUUCUUCUUAUCAUCUCAUGCUGUAGGUUUAGUGGUGAAAGCGGCGGGUGAAUACGACUACCGCUAGGCUGGCUCUUUGGGAAUGUUGCACUUCCCCUGGAAUGUGAUAGCGGAAUGGGAAACUACGCGUGCUUUAGUUCCAACUUUUUAUCUCGGUCGUCCCAUCGAUUUGAUUUCUUUCUAACCCAUUUGUCCAAUUUUGUGUUUUAAAUGCAGGGCGAGAGAGCCCUUUCUCCCGCAGAUACCGAAGUGCUACUUGAGAAUCAAGUAUCUCUCUCUCUCUCUCUCUCUCUCUCUCUCUCUCUCUCUCUCUCUCUCUCGCUGGCUCGCUCUUCCUCUCCCUCUCCCAUCUUAUUUUUCAUCGUUCGUCUUUCUUUCAGCAUUUAUUUUUUUCAAUUAGCGUGUCCACGAUUCCUGUGUACUGUUUUGUUCUUGUUUAUUCACUCCUUCCUAUAUCUAUCUUUUUUCCGACAGGGAUGGAAGGAUGACGGUGAGGCUUCUGAUGAAGUACCUGGUCAAUAAGCUGUCACUGGAUGACGAAUCAGAGGUACUCAACCCCAUUCUUCAACUAUUCCCAGCUCUUGUUAAUGACAAUAUAGCUAGUUAGUCGAUGCCGGCAAACAGGUAGGAUUUUUCUUGUCACCACCCGCUCAUCUUGAUAGAAUAUAGCGAGUGGAUCACCGCUAAACACCAACUUCUUUCUUUUCCAUAGAUACGACCCUUAACAUGAUAUACACUUCUGAACUGAAGGAGGGUGAUAGGGUGGAGUGUACGGGUGGAGCUCUUCAGUGAGAUCCAUCAUCUAGAGUAGUCUUUGUUGGUGGGAAAUACAUAUCGAGGGGGGUGGGGGCGGGUUUGCUCCAUAAAUGAAUAGAUCGGUAGCUAUCAAAUCAUUACUUGCUCUGAUGAAGGGCCUCUACUCAUAUCUCCAAACGGGUUCUGGCCUCUUGUCGGGCAGUGCCGGAGGGAUGAGAGUUUAGUCAGAAGCGUGUUGAGUAGAGUUACACACAUAUAGGUCUUAAUGUUUCUUGUCGGCUACAAACCCUAGCGUUAUGAGCCCCCCUAGAAAAGCAACUUGUUCUCAAGGAAAAAGAAAAUAAAAGCGACCUUUGCGUGACGUUAAAUAUUGAUAUUCAGUGAGUGAUUAAGGUUCCCUUCUUAAACAAAGUACGGGGAACAAUUUACUCUCUUAUAAAUGGUCCACAUCUGCGUAUGGUGGAUGCCGCCUUGCCCUUGUCGCUUCCUGAGCUAAUGUUGCACAAAAGGGGACGGGAUUAUUGCCAUUUCGUUAGAAAAAUCCCCAGCUUCAAUCAAAGGAUACGCUAGCUUGAUUUCCGCUGUAGAUUGUUGGAAAACUCAGUCAUCGAUAAAAUAAUCACUGGAGGCUUCGAUGGAGGAUCAAGUUCUAACACUCGAGAGAGUGCCUCACAAAUUAAACUUCUUGUGGUUGAUUAUAAUCUUCCAGUUGAAGUUUUCUACUUCUUAAAUGUUUUACCUGAAACUUGAUGUUGACUGCCAUAAUUCUGUCGUAUGCUCCCGCGUUUUGUUCUGGGUUGAACCUCUCUAUUUAGAUCAAAUUUUGAACAACUUGUUCAAAAGUAGCUCGGAAUGUCUUCUCAUAAAUACUUUGAAAUGGUAUUAAUGGGAGCCUGGCUACGAAUAAUAUGAGCAUCUACGAAGGUACUUGGACUACAAGCAGCCCCCCAAUUCGCCUUCAUUACCUUUGGACUGUAUUUUAUUUUUAUUUCGCGUAUUUCCCUUCUCUAUUGCAUCUCCCCGAGAAUGACUCCCUGACGCUUUUUUUGGAAGUACUCUUGGCUUGUUUUCUAUCCUUCGAUGAUCUCAUCUCUACGUAUGUGGAAUGUAAACUGGAAGAUAGAUCAGUCUAUUAAGCAAAUAGAUAAGUCAGGCAACAUGAUUUACUGUUCAGUUUUCAAUGUUAUUGCAGUUAUGUAGGAUAGGAACUUGAUACUUAGAUUAAAAAAUCAGUUUUCUAAAUGAGUCUACACAUCAUGCUGUGUAGAGCUGACAAUACAUAAAGAUAGAAUGUAUCAAACACUCAGCUCGCAGUCAGCCUUGUGAUUCAGCCAUCGAAAAAUCAUUAGAAUUUCCUUUUGUUCUUUAAUUAGAAAUUUCUCAUUUGUAACUGCAAUACCUUCGUGAAUUUAAGAUAUUUUCAAUAUUUCCAUUUAACUUCACGUUAUCUGUCAUAUACUUUGUUUAAUUUACUCUAAUCUAUCCACAUGCUAAUCCCAUUAUGAUAAAAUUGAACUUUUUAUUUUCCUCCAAUGUCGUAUGUUUAGUUCUUCUAUAACAGCAAGUUGAGCGUAUAAAAAGUCGCAUAUUCAUGUUUUAGCUAAUAUUAUCUAAAUGUCAUGUGAAUGUGGUGCAUAUUUUGGCGCUAAUAAUGUAAUUUCAGGCCUAUCAAAUUCAUCUCGUUUAUUUUUUUUCGAAUCCUCGGUCAAAACAACAAAUAUCCCAUAAUAACAAUCGCUAAAAGAUGAGAUAAGCUGCAUAUUGAAAAUAGCUCGUGGCAAUUGUCUCUUUGCGGCCGAUGAUAAAUGAAAAAUGUGUUGAAAUGUUUAUCAUGCACAAGAAAGUUUUGCUACAUCAUCUCCAUUAUAUUUGGUGUUUUUUUUGUUGACCCAUAACCGUCACGUUUUAUCGUGUUCUAUUGCACAGUUAAUUUUCCAAGACAUUCUUAUCUGUGUAUGUUUCUAUUGUCUCCUGCAAGAUAUUCAUCAAGAAAAGAUAGCAUCAUUAGAUAUGUUUUCUCUCUUCAAGAGAGAACUAUCUAAGAUAUAGGCUGGUUUACCGGUCUCAAAGUUUUCUAUUGCUCAUUCACCUUCUGAUUACAGAAUAUCGUCAUUGAAAAACCCCAUCGGGAGAAUAAUCACCUACUGAGUUCAUACCCUAGGAGUUAUAAAAUCAACCUUGAAGCUCCCAUCAUGAAAUAGUUUCGGCAUGUGGCGCGCUCAUAAUUUUAUAGUUGUACUCUUUUCUGUGAUUUCCUCUUUUUUAACUUAAAUAAGUAUAGGGUGUCCGUACCGUGAUUUCUUUACCCAUUGCCUCCUGUAUUGAUCGUGAUGAGCUGCUGGCGCUGGCAUUCGCUUAUCUUAACCAAGAAAGCCUAGUCUUUGUUCUUUCUUGGUUUACUUUACGCUCAACACGCACAUACUCCUUCCUGGUUUCUUCACCUGACAUCGGUUUGACCUCUUGUUGGUUGAUCUUAACGAUUGCUUAGGGGGAGCAAUCAGUCCGAUGAUUGUUUAGAGUGCCUGACAAGUAGGAUGCACUUCCCCACUAAUCGGAGAACCCCACAUUCCAGAGGGAGAUUCUCUCGAGGGAACAGUGAUUCGUUCUACUUCUUGUAGAAGAUAGGCGCUUUCCCAGAAGUUUUAGAUACUGCUCUAUUAGCUGAGGAAAGCCUGGGGAGAAAAACCAGAACGAAGAGUGCUGACUAGUCGCUAAGUGGGCAGCCGUUGACUCGCAGCCCUUUUUAAAGUCCCUCCUAGGUGAGUCUCGGCCCAUGCUCCCCUUCCGCAUGCGUUGGACGCUAUCUCACCUGUCUCGUCGUGUUUUGGCCUGGGCUCAUCUGACACUCUGGGACCCAUCGGGGAGGCUGGGUAGUGCACUUCGGCUUUGGAAUAUUGAAGGGCCCCCCAUUAUUCCGUCUGCUACACUCAACGUAGAGGUGCGCUUUGAUAGUCAGAGAAGGUGCUGCAUGGGAGAGAAGUGGAUACAUGUAUGGGGGAAUCAUUCAAAGUCCCUGAUGAGGACAGGGUGGAAACCCCACACGCACAACAGCCAUGGACGGUGUGCGUGAAGGAUUAUAAUACGCUGCAAGCAACAUUGAGAAGUAGACGAGGUGUGAAUCUCUCUCUCUCUCACACACACACACACAGAGUAUUCAUUUCUUCCUCGUUACGUAGAGGCCAAUCCAAGUCAAAUAUUCCUCCAUCUUUCUUCCUUGCACUCCACUCACCGCGGUCGGCGGUGCGUCAGAGAGGGACAGAAGGACAGACAGACGGGCGGAGAGGAUAAGAUGGGGGCUUUGGAACGUGAGGAGACGUGCAUGAGAUUGCUUAGGUUAGGUUGUGGACACGGAGGAUAUGUACAGGCCACCAACCUUUCCCGUCACUCUGAUAAAUAAAUAGCUGAAAGGAAUUUCUAGACGAUUCCUCGGCGUGCCUCUCGGAUCUGCCACCUUUUUUACUACUCCUUCGCGCUUGCCCUCUCUCGAUCUUUAUCCAUCACAUCUUAUCUACAGAAUGUGUGCGGCGGGCCUCCCCACCUACUACGGAUGAAGAGGCGUCCCGAGGCUACCUGUUUUCCACUCGUCCCUAUAUUCUACUGUUGAUAGCAUUAGAGUCACGAGGAAAGCCGGCGGUGGCAGGCCGCCAGCCUGAGAAAGAAUGAAAGAAGCGGGAUGAAGUCUCUCACUGAUUCGCGAGAGAGAUAGAUAGAGAGAGAUAGAUUAAGGAGAGAGUGAGAGGCACGAGGCUGUAUAGAUGUUCCAUCAGUAGGUCCGCCCCCAGAUCAAUUCAUGUUGCCGCAGGUUUUGUUAUGACGUCAAGCAUUCAUAAAUUAAGGGGGUAAUAUUAUCGUUAUUAAAGUGAACCAAAGUUUCUGGUGCCCACUGGGCAACUAAUUGCCUUUCUUUUGCCGUGGUUGCCAUCAGCUCUUUCACUAUCUAUCAUUACUGUUAAUACCCUUAUCAGUGCUGCGACGUAACUCUCUCGGGCAUGCAACAGGUGGAGGUUAGAUGCAGAGGGCAACAGCUACACCCACUUCUGACGGUGCAGCACGUGCGAGACAGCAUCUGGUGCACGAGGGACGCGGUGCAGCUGCUGCCGGACUCGCCGGGCAAUCAUGUCAUGACUCUUCUGUACGGCAGAAGUCCAUAG